AUGAGCGUGCUGGCUACACCCAUCGCACAGAACAUCGACCCUGCAGCAGCUCAAGCCGAACUGGAGGCGCAGCGGCAGAAGUUGCUCUCCGGCGGAGCGGACAUCAUCAAGGCUCAGCGAGAGCUCAACCUAACCCUACAUGAGUACAAUGCUGCCCAUGGCUUUGCUUCCGUUAGCGCUCAACCUGCUAGAGUAGCGGAAAACCGGCUUAGAGGUCGCAACCUAGACCAGGAUUUGCGCUGGGAGGUUCUUGCAGGAAAGAGCACGUCGGAUCGAGUAAGAGAGUUGCUUGAUCAGAUUCAGGCACAAAAUGCUGAGCUUGCUAGAGUUACCAAAGCAGCUGUGGCGUCAAAAUCGGUUCUUGAGCCAUUGAAGAUUCGUUACCAUGGUAGCAUGAAGGACAUGCCGUAUGAUGAGCGGUACACGGAGCACAUACAACCUACCAGUCUUCUCCCGUUCAUCACGCUUGCGCUGACGAAGUUGGAGCACAAGUGGAGUUGGGGAACAACGACACUUGCCUACCUGUACCGUCAGGUGGAUUGGGAGCCAUAUGGUAGCUUUGACCAUAUUGGCUCGGCGAUGAGUGACCUCAACCCCAAGUGCUUGGAGGAGGCGGGUAUCUGGCAUGACCUGUGGGAGCAGCGGACGCACGCCAGGAUCCUGGUCUCCGACUCCGAGGCCGGCGGCAUCAUCGGCAGGGGCGGCUCCGCCGUCACCGCGCUCCAGUCCACCUCCGGGGCGCUCGUCAAGGUCUCCCGCCGCGGCCAGCUCCUCCCCGGCACCGACCGCAGGGUCCUCCUCGUCUCCGGCCUCUUCCACCAGGUCAUGGACGCCGCCGAGAUCGUCCUCCAGAAAAUCCUCUACCAGGGUGGCCAGGUGAUCGACGAGCGGGCCACCGUCGUGCUCGUGGUGCCCGACGCAUGCUGCGGCGUGCUCAUUGGCAAAGGAGGCACAAACAUCAAGUCACUGGCUGAAGCAUCAAAUGCUGGAAUUGUGAUCUCACGGCACGACAAAUACUAUGGUCUGAACGAUAGGUUGGUUACAAUCACAGGAAACUUGGACAACCAGCUGCAGGCGAUAUUCUUGAUACUUUCUGAGUUGCUGGAGGACGAUCGCUACUCACGUAUCUAUGCAGGCGCUCUCUUUCUUGGGUGUGAAGACUAUGGGCCAGAUGAGCAUGUCGAAAGAUACCACAGCAGGUUGAACACGCCCAUCAGAUCACCUGAUAACGAUGAUGAUGCCCGUGAUUCUCUCACCAUUGCUAUUGCCGACGAGCAUAUUGGUGCUGUCAUUGGUUGUGGUGGGAGCAAAAUAAGGGAGAUCAUACAGUUUACUGGCGCAUGGAUCAAGACUUCGGCGAAGGGUGAGUUCAUAGCUGGGACUACUGACAGGGAGGUGGUGAUCAGUGGGACACGGGAAGCAAUCAACACCGCUGAGGGGAUGAUCAUGCAUGUGGUCUCAGCUGCCCGUAGCCGGAGCAAUGGCGGUGGCGAGAGGCCGCCUCUCAAGCCGGAUACCACACCUCAACAACAGGAGCAGAGUACUACAAGUGACAUGCAGUGAGACAGCUUUUUUUUGGCGCUCCUAGAAAGAGUAAGUACGAUUUGGGAGGAGAAGGCAUGGUGCACUUAGGAUUUACUCACUGAUGGAUAGUUUUUGUUCGUCGACGUUAUUGGUUCUAUGUUUGGUGGCCUGGUACUGGUAUGUACUGAUAAGCUCUGAUGUUUGUUCUGUGGCUGCGAAGUAAGAAAUGAUCAAAUCCUUUGGAGUAAGAAGUUACUAGUGGUAAUAUCUUAAUCUA